AAAUGGUGUCAUUAUUACACGGUGUCACGUGGAGUUCAAAGCCUGCUUAUUUAACAUCGCACCACCGCAGCUCGGCAUCAGCGGGCCUCCGUGACGCGUGCGGAGAAGGGGUUAAUCGAUUCACGUGCUGCUGCGUGUAGCAGACAGCGCGUAGAAUAUGCCUGAGAAGCAGGAAGAGGUUAGUCGUGCCUCUCACCUCUGAGUGACCGUCGCUCGUCGCCGGCUGGACUGUAUAGGCUUUAAUCUUUGUGAUGAAAAAUUUAUAGGGGGAAAUAAUCGCAUAUCAAAACAAAUCCCCUGGAUCGAGAUCAUUGUGUGUGACCCCCCCUCACCACCUAAUGUUAUUCUUCAAGCAACAAUCGGUCGGAAGUGGGUUGCUGGCUCACCGUUAGGCUCCAUCAUAAUAAAGGAGACGCCUGGAGCACAAGGACACACAGUACACACACAGACCAGCAGCACCAUGUCUGCCACCUCCUCCUCCACCUCCUCCUCCUCUUCCUCCUCCUCCGACACCCUGCGCUUCUCCUUCGACGCGUACGGCGACUCGGUCCUCGGCAGGAUGAACUCCCUCCGACAGGAACGUCGUUUCUGUGACGUCACGCUCAUUCUCGGCGGGCCGGGGGGUCCCGCGGCGCCGCCGCCCCUCCGCUUCCACGGCCACCGCGUGGUGCUGGCGGCGUCGUCCGACUUCCUGCGGGACAAGUUCCUGCUCCACGAGGGCCGGUCCGAGCUGUGCGUGGGCGUGGUCCCCCACGUGGAGGUGGGCAGACGGCUGCUGCUCUCCUGCUACACGGGGCUCCUCGAGGUCCCUCUGAGAGAGCUUGUGAGCUACCUGACCACCGCCAGUGCGCUCCAGAUGGGCCAGGUGGUGGACAGGUGUGCCCAGGCCGUCUCCCAGUACCUCAACCCUACCCUCGCCCACCUGAAGUCAGAGCGGACCCCUGGAGAGUGCGAGGACCCCCGGCACCACCCCUUACCCGUCACACAUUCCCCCUAUCAGGAGGACCGGCCCCCCCACCAGCCCACCACCAGUGCCCUGCCAGACUGGGAGGAGACCAGCAUGGAGAACGUGGGCGGGGCCGAGGUGAAGUCUGAACCCAGGGCCGAGCGGGGGGCCAAGGUGGAGUUCCAGGAGGAGGUGAAGGCUGUGAGGGUGAAGCAGUCGGAGGACACGGACCUGGAGACCCCGGAGCUAGAGGAGGAUGGGGAGGCCCAGCCGGUUCACACCAGCAGCCCCUUCUAUAGCCCGGCCCCGGGGCCCCACCGACGCAAGCAGCGCCCCCCCACGCCCUUCAGGAACAACAACCCGAGCCAGAGCCAGAGCCAGAGCCACGCCCCCCAGUCGGGAUUGGUGGACAGCUCCCAGGACCGAGAGGAGGAGGAGGAGAUGUACAUGCUGGCGACGCGCUUCAAGCGAGCGGACAAUCUGGCUGAGUCGCGCUGGCUCUCUCGGUUCGGCGGGGCCGGCCUGGCGGGCGGGGACUUCCCCGGGACGGAGCUGGCCAGGGACGUGGGCUCGCUGGCCCAGAGGCCGUACCUGUGCCGCCGGUGCGACCGGGUGUUCCAGCACCUCGACGGCUACGUCACCCACCUGAAGGAGCACCGGCAGUACCUGUGCCUGCUCUGCGGCAAGAGCUUCUCGCAGAAGAGCAACCUGACGCGGCACAUCCGCGUCCACACGGGCAUCAAGCCCUUCCGCUGCCCGCUGUGCCACAAGACCUUUUCCCAGAAGGCCACGCUGCAGGACCACCUCAACCUGCACACGGGGGACAAGCCGCACAAGUGCAACUACUGCGCCGUGCACUUUGCGCACAAGCCCGGCCUGCGGCGCCACCUGAAGGACAUCCACGGGAAGAGCAGUCUGCAGAACGUGCUGGAGGAGAUUGUGGACUGAGGACCUGAAAGAGGGCAGCCUGGAGGACGUCCUGUUCACGUGAUCAGGACGGCGGUCUCCAGGCUAGUGAAGAGAGGCUCAUAGUGGGAGACUCAGCCAAUCACAGUCCAAGAGUCCAUAAUGUAUUUUUUGUUUGCUUUGUGUUACAUUCUGUAUGGACGUUAGUCAACUCACAUAACAUGUUUUUUUGUGGAGAAACAAACAUUGCUAGAGUAUAACUCGUGUGUGAUGUUAAUGGAGCUGUUUAUUUCUGGAUAGGAGGCUGAAGGAGUGGUAGGAGUUGUGUGCUUUAUGUCAUUGAAUGUCUAUGUUGCAUACUGUUGUCGUUGAAGCACCUGAAAGAUGCUUGCAUCCAACGGCACACUGUGCCGGUGCCCGUUUGGCUUGAGGCUCACGCAUCCUCAAAUAGUUUGAUGAUAUGAAACAUGCUCGCAUUUGUGAAGUUGUAAAUAACAUGAUGUUUACAUGCAUAUCGCUGUUGGCUCUAUGUUACUUAUUACACAGUUACUAGAAUGUCGUCCAUUUUUGUGGGUUGAUCAGUUGACUAGUUAUUAUUUAGAUCACUGUGGAGAAGUGUGGUAGUAAUUGAUGCCUUGGCAGAGUGAUUGAGUAGCUGUGAGCGUGUCAUUUGGCCAAGGCCUGAACACUUUUAGUUCGCUGUGUGAGUAGUCACGAUGCACAGUGCGCAUUAUUCAUUUACCGAACAUUUGAUGCGUUUAUUCUUUCCAUUUUUCUUUUCUGUAUCCAUGAGUAAAAGCCCUUUGCUGAAGUGCCAAAAUCACCUGAAUGUUGUUGACAGAAAGGGGCAACAAUUGCACUGAAUAUUAUUGUAUUUGUCCUAUUUAAAACUGUUAAUGCGCUCAUAUGCCGUUCUUGUACUUGACUGUUAUUGUACUAAUUUUGUCAGAACUAAGGUUUAUCAUAAUUGUAACAGCAAUGCAGGUCAUAAAUAUAUUGGUUAGCCGUUGUGUAACAAACCUCUUGUGUAAACAUGAUCAAUUUGCUUUAAUAAAACGAUGUGGCCAGCUUGGGAAUGAACUG